CAGAAGGCGGAAGUCGGCCAAAUCCAAUAUGUCUGCCGUCUGUGACGCUCUCUGAAGAAAACAAUGCUCAUGGAGAUUGCAGACGGUGGAGUGGACGAGCUCUCGCAGCUUGAAUACUUGUCUCUGGUUUCUAAAGUUUGUACUGAGCUUGACAACCAUCUGGGAAUAAGCGACAAAGAUUUAGCUGAGUUUGUCAUCAGCCUUGCUGAAAAAGAGCCGACUUUUGAUGGAUUCAAGGCCCUGUUGCUUCAAAAUGGAGCAGAAUUCACAGACUCCCUCGUCGGUAAUUUGCUCAGGCUCAUUCAGACGAUGCGACCUCCAUCCAAGGCAUCAACCAGCAAAGGCUCUGAGGUGUCGCUCAAGCCCAAGUCAGAAAAGGACAAGUUGAAGGAGCUGUUUCCUGCACUGUGCAGAGAAAAUGAUCCAGCACCAAAAAGGCUUCUGGAUGAAGAUGAUGUGAAAGUCGCAGCUGAUGCCAUGAAGGAGCUGGAGAUGUUUAUGCCAAGUGUCAGCGGGACAGAGAAGAGCAGCAAGAGCAGGUCAGAAAAGAGCAGACGCAGUCGCAGCCGAAGCAGAGACAGAGACCGACACAGAGACCGCGACAGGGAUAGGGACAGAAAGAAGCGGCAUCGCUCUCGGUCCCGAUCCAGGUCCAGGUCACGCUCCAGGGACCGUGAUCGGCACAGAGAGAGAGACCGAGAUAGAGACAGAGACAGAGAUCGCGGCAAAAGGAGAGACAAAUCCUCCCGUUGGACUGAGCGUUCACCCAGUCCCAGAAAAGACCAAGACAGAGACUCUGACCGGUGGAAGGACAAGCAUGUGGACCGCCCUCCACCAGAGGAGCCCUCUGUGGGUGAUAUCUACAAUGGAAAAGUCACAAGUAUCAUGCAGUUUGGAUGCUUCGUUCAGCUGGAGGGGUUGAGGAAACGCUGGGAGGGUCUGGUCCACAUCUCUGAGCUGCGUAGAGAAGGACGUGUGGCUAACGUGGCUGAUGUUGUCAGCAAGGGCCAGAGAGUCAAAAUCAAGGUGUUGUCCUUCACUGGAUCCAAGACCAGUCUCAGUAUGAAGGACGUGGACCAAGAGACAGGAGAAGACCUGAACCCCAACAGGAGGAGGAACGUCGGCCCAGACGGAGGCGAGGAGAUCUCCAUGAGGAACCCUGACCGGCCGAGCAACCUGAACCUGGGCCACGCACCGGAGAUGGAGCAGGAUGACACGCUGGAGCGCAAGAGGCUCACCAAAAUAUCUGACCCAGAGAAGUGGGAGAUCAAACAGAUGAUUGCUGCCAACGUCUUGUCCAAAGAAGAGUUCCCUGACUUUGACGAUGAGACAGGAAUCCUUCCCAAAGUCGAUGAUGAAGAGGAUGAGGAUUUGGAAAUCGAGCUGGUCGAAGAAGAACCGCCGUUCCUGAGAGGACACACCAAACAGAGCAUGGACAUGAGCCCGGUCAAGAUCGUCAAGAAUCCAGAUGGCUCCCUGUCCCAGGCGGCCAUGAUGCAGAGUGCUCUCGCGAAGGAGAGACGAGAGCUGAAGCAGGCUGCUCGAGAGGCGGAGAUGGACUCCAUCCCCAUGGGGCUCAAUAAACACUGGGUUGACCCGCUGCCAGACGUUGAUGGGAGGCAGAUCGCAGCCAACAUGCGAGGCAUUGGCAUGAUGCCCAACGACAUCCCAGAGUGGAAGAAGCACGCGUUCGGAGGCAACAAGGCCUCGUACGGAAAGAAGACCCAGCUCUCCAUCCUGGAGCAGAGAGAGAGUCUGCCCAUCUACAAGCUGAAGGAGCAGCUCAUUCAGGCCGUUCACGACAACCAGAUCCUGAUUGUUAUUGGAGAAACCGGCUCCGGUAAGACCACACAGAUCACUCAGUACCUAGCAGAGGCCGGCUACACCACCAGGGGGAAGAUCGGCUGUACGCAGCCUCGUCGUGUGGCCGCCAUGUCCGUGGCCAAGAGAGUCUCUGAAGAGUACGGUUGCUGUCUCGGUCAAGAGGUUGGUUACACGAUCCGUUUUGAGGACUGCACCAGCCCUGAGACGGUCAUCAAGUACAUGACAGACGGUAUGCUGCUGAGAGAGUGUCUCAUCGACUCUGAGCUGGGCCAGUACGCCAUCAUCAUGUUGGAUGAAGCUCACGAGAGGACGAUCCACACUGAUGUCCUCUUUGGUUUGCUCAAAAAGACCGUACAGAAGCGCACAGACAUGAAGUUGAUCGUCACGUCAGCAACCCUAGACGCCGUGAAGUUCUCCCAGUACUUCUACGAAGCGCCCAUCUUCACCAUCCCAGGAAGAACAUAUCCAGUAGAGGUCCUGUACACUAAAGAACCUGAGACAGACUACCUGGAUGCCAGCCUCAUCACCGUCAUGCAGAUUCAUCUCACCGAGCCUCCAGGCGACAUCCUGGUGUUUCUGACGGGACAGGAGGAGAUCGACACAGCUUGUGAGAUCCUGUAUGAGAGGAUGAAGUCUCUGGGGCCGGAUGUUCCUGAGCUCAUCAUUCUGCCGGUUUAUUCUGCUCUGCCCAGUGAGAUGCAGACUAGGAUCUUUGACCCCGCCCCACCAGGCAGCAGAAAGGUCGUCAUCGCCACAAACAUCGCAGAGACCUCUCUGACCAUCGAUGGAAUCUACUACGUGGUGGACCCCGGCUUCGUCAAACAAAAAGUGUACAACUCUAAGACUGGAAUCGACCAGCUGGUGGUGACUCCCAUCUCACAGGCUCAAGCCAAGCAGAGAGCGGGUCGAGCCGGGAGGACAGGACCAGGGAAGUGUUACAGGCUCUACACAGAGAGAGCCUACAGAGACGAGAUGCUUACGACCAACGUGCCUGAGAUCCAGAGGACCAACUUGGCCAGCACUGUGCUCUCUCUGAAGGCUAUGGGCAUCAACGACCUCCUGUCCUUCGACUUCAUGGACGCUCCUCCCAUGGAGACUCUGAUCACGGCCAUGGAGCAGCUCUACACUCUGGGUGCGCUCGAUGACGAAGGCUUGCUCACACGGCUGGGAAGAAGGAUGGCUGAGUUUCCUCUGGAGCCCAUGCUGUGUAAGAUGCUGAUCAUGUCCGUCCACCUGGGCUGCAGUGAAGAGAUGCUCACCAUCGUCUCCAUGCUGUCCGUGCAGAACGUCUUCUACAGACCCAAGGACAAGCAGGCCCUCGCUGAUCAGAAGAAGGCAAAGUUCCAUCAGCCCGAGGGAGACCACCUCACUCUGCUGGCUGUCUACAACUCCUGGAAGAACAACAAGUUCUCCAACCCCUGGUGUUAUGAGAACUUCAUUCAGGCUCGAUCCCUGCGCAGAGCUCAGGACAUCCGGAAACAGAUGCUGGGAAUCAUGGACAGACACAAGCUGGACGUGGUCUCUUGUGGGAAAGCCACAGUGCGAGUCCAGAAAGCGAUCUGCAGUGGUUUCUUCAGGAACGCAGCCAAGAAGGAUCCUCAGGAGGGCUACAGAACACUUAUAGACCAGCAAGUGGUCUACAUCCACCCCUCCAGUGCCCUGUUCAACCGGCAACCUGAGUGGGUCGUGUAUCACGAGUUGGUCCUGACCACCAAGGAGUACAUGCGAGAGGUGACCACCAUAGACCCGCGCUGGCUGGUGGAGUUCUCCCCGGCCUUCUUCAAAGUUUCUGACCCCACACGUCUCAGCAAGCAGAAGAAACAACAGCGCCUGGAGCCUCUGUACAACCGAUACGAGGAGCCCAAUGCCUGGAGGAUCUCUCGUGCCUUCAGACGCCGUUAAGUCUGACGUUGUUCCAACCAAAGUCGAACGAUCUGACAGAGACGAAAGAAUCAGUAUCAUCUCAAUUCUGCGGUUUUCACUCCUCUUUUUUAAAUUUGUACACCUUGUACAUUUCCCCCCAGCAGGUCCUAAAUGCCCCUGAGUGUAAGUGGAGAUUUUAGUGUCAUUAUUUUAGAGAAUUUGGAGCCUUUAGCUUUUAAAAGCACUAAAACAAGAACAAAAAGAAAGCAUCCGCUCCUCUGUGAGACGAUUCUGACACAGCGGACUAUUUAUUUUGAUAUUCUGUAAAUUGUCAUCAUUUCUGACUUGAAAGAAUCACAGUGGGACCUUGUCAUGAGUCAGUGCUUGGAUGUAAGACUGUAAGGAUGAAACAGAGUAUACAUGUUUGGUAGAUUUUGUACUAAGACUAGGACAGUAUGAGCUCACUUGUCUGUUUUGCUAUGCGUGUCAGUGAAACAACGAAGAUGUGUCCUCAAUAAAGUCAAAGUUUUCUUA